AUGCGAAAGAAUCCAAGUGGUGAAACAGUCGUUGGGGCAGAACACCAGGCUGUGCCCCCAAAGUACAGCCAGCGGAUGAUGGAGUUCCUCAAGUCGCAAAUGGACAAAGUGCAAGAUCUAGAGAAACCGCCCGAGGCUUCGAAAGCAACUUUGGACACAUUCAAUCGUGCGCUGGCGUCAGGGGCAAGCCUGCUGAGCAAACACAAUAAAUUUGACCUAAAGAAUUUCUACAGGAUUGAUGACACAUGGGCAGCGGUGGAAUUGAUAUGCCGCUCACUGGCGGAGGUCAGUCGAGAGUGGGGCAAAGAUGCUGCUGUUGGGGAGAGGAUCCCUGCAGAGUGUGUUGAGGAGGACAGGCAGCAUCUCUACAUGCGCCUGGCCUACAUUUUCAAAGACAAGCUUGUUGAUGUUCGGGAUGAGAAGCUGCGACAGGAGUGGUAUGCUGUCAGGCAACGACAUGAGGAUCAAAUGAAGGGUCUGGUUGUCGUUGACAAUGCAGAGAUUGUAUUGGGAGACAGAAUUGGUGAAGGGGGUGAGGGGUCUGUGCAUAAAGCUGUGUGGCAGGGAGAGCCAGUCGCUGUCAAAUUGCUGUGCCCUCCCAACCGGGAGUUGGACAUUGAGGAUUUUGCGGACUUCUUCAAGGAGGUUUCAAUACACGCUUCCCUGGACCAUGCUCACAUUGUCAAACUGCAGGGAGUAAGCAAAUCGGGCUGGUUCGUGAUGCAGCUCGCUAAUAUGGAUUUGAAAAGCUUCUGCAAGAAAAACCUACGGUGGCCCUUGAAGCUGAGGCUGUUGCAGCAGGCAGCAGAUGGACCCUGCUACAUGCACAGCAAGAACUUGGUGCACUGUGACAUCAAGAGCGCCAACUUUCUUGUUUUUGGAACAGAUCCCGAAAAUUGCACUGUCAAGAUUGCUGACUUUGGGCUUACGAUCGAAGCCAGGGGAUCAAGAAGCAGAACUGUGAGGCGGCCAGGUGGAACACUUGAAUGGUUGGCCCCUGAGGUGUACAAUGGAGAGCGGCUCACUUUUGCCUCGGACGUCUUCAGUUUCGGGGUCGUCAUGUAUGAAAUCAUAACAGACAAGCAUCCCUAUGGGGCUGAUAGGUUGGAUUCACAAGUGGCUCCUGCAGCCUUGAUGAACAGAAAGCUCAGUGGGGAGGAGCCUUGUACUGUUGAGCCUCACCACUGUCCUGAAGAAAUGGCCGACCUCAUGAAGCGCUGUUGUGCCCUCAACGCUGAUCAGAGACCCACCAUGGAGGAGGUUUGCAGCGUUCUGGCGGACCUGCCUUACACAUGGCAGCAUGAUCGCCUGCCUGCUGUUCCCACAGAGAGGGAAGCUGAAGAAAUGUUGGUAGCUGUGCAGCAGGGGAACACCGAUGGGGUUUUGACCUUGCUAAAGUCGAGGUUCAAUCCGAAUGUUGUGCUGAACAGGGAUGGUUGGACACCCCUGAUGUUUGCAGCGCACAAUGGGCGCAUGAGCAUUGUUGAAGUGCUGCUGACGAGCGGUGUGAAUGUCAAUGCACGGAACAAGGAAAAAUUCACUGCUCUGCAUCUCGCGUGUAUGACUGAACAAGACCAAGUCAUUAGGCUGUUACUCAACAGCGGAGCCAAGGUGGAUGUGCGGGCACAGAAUGGGGCAACUCCAUUGCUGGUUGCAGCAGAACUGGGAUACCCAAAGGCUGUGGAGGAGCUUCUGAGGAAAAGACCAUUGGUUGAUGCCCAAAACAAGGACCAAGCAACCGCCCUCUACAGUGCUGCACAGAAUGGAUAUGUCACAAUUGUACAGCAGCUGCUUAACAAUGGUGCCGAUGUGGACAUCCCCUUCAAGGACUUGUCAACGCCAUUGUACAAAGCAUCCCAGAAUGGACAUGUCAUCAUAGUCAGGCUGCUGCUCAACAGUGGAGCCAACGUGGAUUCGGAAUUCAAGGACGGAGCGACCCCAUUGACGAUUGCAGCGACAGAAGGGCACGUUGAGGUGGCCUUAGAGCUGAUCAGGCAGGGCGCAAACGUCAAUGCCCAAAGGAUGGAUGGCGACACGCCACUUCACUGGGCGGCAAGGAGGAACCGUCAACACAUGGUGGAACUCCUACUGCACAAUGGUGCCAACAGGAAAAUCAGAAACAAGUACGGCGUGUUUGGGAACACGCCUGCUGAUGUUGCCAAGAAGGAGGGCCACCAUGCAAUUUUGAGGAUACUGAACGCCCGGGGGUGA